CUCCGGAUCCGGAAGCGGAGGAGCCGGCGCUGCAGCCCGGCGGAGGCUGGCGCGGAGCGUCCGGGGUGGGGCCGCUGCUGGCGCCCCUCCCUCAUCCGCCGCCGGCGGGACGGAUCCAGCCGGCGCCUGACUCUCAGCGUCGCGCUCAGCGGGAGAGGAAGGGAGCGAGCCCGGCCCGGCGAUGCGCGCGCGGCGCUGGUGGCAACGGCGGCUGGGGGAGUCGUUGGCCGCUGCCGGGCCGCUCCGCUGAUGUGCCCCGAGGCGCUGGGGGCCGUUGCCGGCAGCAGCAGCAGCAGCAGCAGCAGCAGCAGCAGGGAAGAGGCGGAGGCGGAGACGGCGGCCCGGGGGAGCGGGCGGCAGCGCCAUGAGGCUCCGCAUCUACAAGCGCAAAGUGCUGGCGCUGCUGCUGGCCUUGGGCGCCGCCGCCUGCGCCCUGGUCCUCUGGGGAGGUGCUGCCGCCGGAGGAGAGGCCGCUGCCGGCGGGAGCAGCAGCAGCAGCAGCAAGCGGGAGGAGCCGCCGCCGCCGCCCCCGCCGGGAGACCAGCCGGUGGUGCCGCCGGCCAGCAGCGCCCCUGCCCGCGGCGGGCGCCUCUCCAACUCGUCGUGGCCUUUGGCGCCCCAGGAAGCGGGUGGCGGCGGCGGCGGCGGCGGCGCGGGGAACGGGACGCGGCACUACCGCUCGCUGGUCUACCGGCUCAACUUCGACCAGCCGGUGCGUAACGAGGCGCUGUGGGGCCGGCGGGGGGCGGCGGCGGCGGCGGCGGAGGAGGUGCCGGUGGCGCUGGUGGUGCAGGUGCACGAGCGGGCCGAGCACCUGCGGCUGCUGCUGGACUCGCUGCGGCGGGCGCCCGGCGCCGAGAAGGUGCUGCUGGUGCUGAGCCACGACGUGUGGUCGGCCGAGCUGAACGCGCUGGCCGCCAGCGUGGACUUCUGCGCCGUGCUGCAGGUCUUCUUCCCCUUCAGCCUGCAGCUCUACCCGGGCGAGUUCCCGGGCACGGACCCGCGCGACUGCCCGCGCGACGUGGGCCAGGCGGCGGCGCUGCGCCUGGGCUGCCUCAACGCGCAGUACCCGGACGCCUUCGGCCACUACCGCGAGGCCGCCUUCGCCCAGACCAAGCACCACUGGUGGUGGAAGCUGCACUUCGUCUGGGAGCGGGUGCGCGCCCUGCGCCGCCACCCGGGCCUGGUGCUCUUCCUGGAGGAGGACCACUACCUGGCGCCCGACUUCCACCACGUCCUGCAGCGGCUCUGGGCGCUGCGCCAGCGCGACUGCCCCGAGUGCCAGGUGCUGUCGCUGGGCAGCUACGCCGCCGUGCGCGGCUCCUUGGCCGGCCGCGCCGACAAGGCCGAGCUGAAGACCUGGAAGUCGACCGAGCACAACAUGGGCCUGGCCUUCGCCCGCGACACCUACGAGCAGCUCCUGGCCUGCACCGAGGCCUUCUGCACCUACGACGACUACAACUGGGACUGGACCCUGCAGCACCUGACCAUCAGCUGCCUGCCCCGCUUCUGGAAGGUGCUGGUGCCCGAGACGCCGCGGGUCUUCCACACGGGCGACUGCGGCAUGCACCACAAGAAGUCCUGCCGACCCUCGGCCCAGAGUGCCAAAAUCGACUCGCUCUUGAGCACCAACCGGCAGCACCUCUUUCCCGAGGCCAUGGCCAUCAGCAAGCGCUACGCGCUGGCUCCGCUCAGCCCCCACGUCAAGAACGGCGGCUGGGGCGACAUUCGGGACCACGAGCUCUGCAAAAGUUACCGGAGGCUGCAGUGAGCGUGUGCGCGCGCGCGCAUGUGGAGCCAAGCUUGGCCCUACAAUCAACAGAAGCGUUUAAAAGGAAAAGAAAAAACCCACAAAAUAUAUAUUUGGUUUCUGCUUUAAUAUGAACAGCAGCUCCUGUAAACGAUGUCAUUUUUCAGGCAGGAAGACUGGGGGCGGGGCGGGGGGGGGUGGAUGUGAAAACCAACCUAAAAGUCAACAACGGCUACGAUGUCUUUCCUGGGGAGCUGGGUGGGGAAAUGGGGGAGCUUUGUAUCGAGGGCCAGGCCUUUUUGUAAGGUAUUCCCUACACUUUCAAACCCCACAUUUCAAUAUAUCUUUUUUUUAAAGUGAGAAUGUCGGAAAAGGUAUGGGAUGGUGAGUGAUUCUACGAUGGCCGUGGUCCCUUCUCCCAAGCCUUUCAGUUUUCAGAGGAUAGCCUCCGAUUGGCUUUUCUAACUGUGUUUCCAUUGAUUAAUUUUAACAAUGAGAACGGCCAGUACAUCAGUAUUCCACAAUCUUGUACAGGCUUGCUUGAAAUUUGGUACCUUAAUAUCUGCAAAAGCAUUCUAUUUGCUAUGUGCUUAUAAUAUGAGAAAAUUGGAAAUACCUUUCUUUUCACUUUACUGUAGAAAUAUGCAACUUUUUUUAGUUCUGCCAAAAUAAAUCUUUUUUUUGUAAUACAA